CGCCGAAGAAUUAAACGAGAGAUACGGCGGAGAUGUCGCUGAUGGAGGCGGUGAUGAGCGGUGCCGGCGGGGGGUCGGUCCUCACGACGAUGAAGUUCGCGGUGCGGCCAAUCGCCAAGGUGUUCACCAUGUGCUUCAUGGGCUUCCUCAUGGCCACCAACUACAUCGGCAUCCUCAACACCAACGGCCGCAAGCUCCUCAACGGGCUAGUGUUCUCCCUGCUACUCCCGUGCCUCAUAUUCACCCAGCUUGGACGAGCCAUUACAGUGCAGAAAGUGAUAGACUGGUGGUACAUUCCUGUAAAUAUCGUUCUGGGGACAGUGUCUGCUUCUCUUGUUGGCCUUAUUGUCGCGAUAAUCGUACGGCCACCACGGCCAUACUUCAAGUUCACCAUUGUUCACAUCGCCAUAGGCAAUAAUGGAAAUAUGCCCCUCGUGCUGGUCGCCGCUCUUUGCCGAGACCCAUCGAACCCAUUCGGUGAUCCUGUCAAAUGCAAGAAGGACGGCAACGCCUACGUCUCGUUUGGGCAAUGGGUCGGGGCGAUUAUCUUGUACAGCUAUGUGUUUCGGAUGCUUGCACCGCCGCCAGGUGAAACAUUCGAUGGACGGAAAGAGAAGAAGCUCCCAGCCAAGGCUGCCGCAGAUGGCAACGCACCUGAACAAGUUCCGCUGCUAACUCCGCGUCCACCUGAACACGCCGUCGUAGAUGCUUCCAAGUGCUCCAAAGCGAUGGACAUUCUGCACAUCUUAAUUGAGAAAUUUAAGCUGAAGCAAGUGAUGAAACCUCCAGUGAUUGCCUCAGCACUGGCGAUGGCCAUUGGAGCGACGCCAUCCCUGAAGCACUUCAUCCUGGAAAACGACGCUCCCUUGUUCUUCUUCACCGAUGCCUGCAUGAUUCUUGGGGAGGCAAUGAUCCCCUGCAUCCUGCUCGCGCUCGGUGGCAAUCUCGUCGAUGGUCCAGGUCCGGGAAGCAAGAAGCUGGGGCUGAGGACGACGGCGGCGAUCAUCAUCGGGCGGCUGGUACUGGUCCCUCCGGCGGGGCUGGGCGUGGUGACCAUGGCGGAGAGGUUGGGGUUGUUCCCCAAGGGUGACACCAUGUUCAAGUUCGUCCUCCUCCUGCAGCACUCCAUGCCCACCUCCGUGCUCUCCGGGGCCGUGGCCAGCCUGCGUGGGUGCGGCGAGGAGUCGGCGGCGGUGCUGUUCUGGAUGUACGUGUGCGCCGUCUUCUCCGUCGCCGGAUGGAUGGUGCUCUACAUCAGGAUGCUCUUCUGACGCCGGCCGGAACACUUCCAUCCUUGCAGUACGUGGCAGU